AUGACCUCUAGACAUUUUUCAUAUAAAAACACAAUAAUAUCGAUAUUACACCAGAUAUGGAUUUGUAAUCAACUCUACAGUGAUGACAAAAUUCAAUACUCAAUAUUAGACUCGAUUUUAUUCUCAAAAAAUGGUAUAAAUCUGAAUCCUGGGGCCACAUAA